AUGGAAGUUACAAAGAAGUUGAAGCUAAAGCAGUUGAUAUCAAAGGUUUUAAAGAGUAAAGUGUAUACAAGAAGAGGUAACUAUGUGAGAGUUAGAAGCAUUGGUGAUGAUGAAGAAGAAACAGCGACGAUAGUGCCAGAAGGUUAUUUUGUUGUUGUAGCAAUGCAAGGUGAAGAGAGAAAGAGAUUUGUUCUUGAGUUGGAAUAUUUAAGAGAUUCUCGUUUCAUGAAACUGUUGGAGGAAGCUAAGGAAGAGUAUGGUUAUGAACAAGAGGGUGCUAUUGCGGUUCCUUGUAGGCCUCAAGAACUUGAAAAGAUUAUAGAGAAUCGAUGCAAUGCAACUUUGUAA